AGGCAGAGCGCUCUUCUUCAAUGGGAGAGGCUUCAAGUGACAUGCACUGUAAUGACGGCAGAGUGGGUGGGAGCUCACGGGGAAAAAAUGCUACUGCUGUGGCGUGCUGCGGCGAGUUUGGCGACACCAUUUUCGUUUUCCAAAGCCAAAGCACUGUUUUGAAGACACCCCAAAAGACCGAAGGGAGGGGGCAGUGUUUCCCACAUUUGAGACACCGCUCUGCUCGCCUCACAUCUGUGUUGUUUGCAGCGGGAGCCAGAAGCGUGCGCACGCCGAGGUGAAAGGGAAAUCUCCGAUCUGAUCCGUGAGAAGAGGUCACCAAGCGCACAAAUUGACGGGCCGUCGCUGCGCGAGAGCGUGUGGAAUAGUAGUGUGGAUAAUGGCUGCCAGACUCCGUGAUACAGACACUAAAUGAAGAAGGGGUGUGUGAAGAAGAGACAAGGGCGACGACAGCAGCAGCAGCAGCAGCAGACGUGGAAGCGUGGAGGAGGCUGGGGGGGGAGAGGAUGGUGAGCCGCAGCCAGGCCAAGUACGAGCUGAUCCAGGAGGUGGGCCGUGGCAGCUACGGCGUGGUGUACGAGGCGGUGGCGCGGAGCUCGGGCGCCCGCGUGGCCGUCAAGAAGAUCCGCUGCCACUCGCCGGAGAACGUGGAGCUGGCGCUGCGUGAGUUCUGGGCACUCAGCAGCAUCCAGAGCCAGCACCCCAAUGUCAUCCACCUGGAGGAGUGUGUGCUGCAAAGGGACGGCCUCGCGCAGCGCAUGAGUCAUGGCUCCAGCUCGUCACUGUAUCUAGAGCUGGUGGAGACGUCGCUAAAGGGUGAGAUUGCCUUCGACCCACAGUGCGCCUACUACCUGUGGUUCGUGAUGGACUUCUGCGACGGCGGUGACAUGAACGCCUACCUGCUGUCGCGCAAGCCCAGUCGCCGCACCAACACCAGCUUCAUGCUCCAGCUGGGCAGCGCUCUGGCCUUCCUGCACCGCAACCAGAUCAUCCACCGUGACCUCAAGCCCGACAACAUCCUCAUCUCGCAGGGUCGCACCCCGGCUGGCUCGCCAGAGCCCACGCUCAAGGUGGCCGACUUCGGCCUGAGCAAGGUGUGCUCGACGUCGGGCCUCAACCCCGAGGAGCCGGCCAGCGUCAACAAGUGCUUCCUGUCCACAGCUUGCGGCACUGACUUCUACAUGGCGCCGGAGGUGUGGGAGGGCCACUACACAGCAAAGGCGGACAUCUUUGCGCUGGGCGUCAUCAUCUGGGCGAUGGUGGAGCGCAUCACCUUCGUAGACGUGGAGACGCAGAAAGAGCUGCUGGGCAGCUACGUGCAGCAGGGGGGCGAGAUCGUGCCGCUGGGCGAGGCGCUGCUCGAGAACCCCAAGAUGGAGCUGCUCAUCCCGGCGCGCAAGAAGAGCAUGAACGCCAGCAUGAAGCAGCUCAUCCGCGAGAUGCUCUCGGCCAACCCCCAGGAGCGGCCCGACGCCUUCGAGCUGGAACUCCGUCUGGUGCGCAUCGCCUGCCGCGAGCUCGACUGGGACACAUGAUGGUGGGCAGGUGCAUGAUGGGAAGGCGAAGGACUACUGAGUGCACACCACACCGCACAGCACAGCCCACUCGACUCCGACCCAGACAUAAACCCUUUAAGGACUUUGGGUUUAGUUUCGACGUUUUUUUUUUCUCUUUUUUUUUCUUUUGUUUGUAAAGAAGUUAAAGCAAUGCGAAGCAACGCCGAACAAAUCAGGACUGGGGACUGGUGACGUUAACCAAGAACAGUUACUUGCACUUGAAGAGUGCAAAAUUCUUUCUCUCUUUUUUUUUGGAUUUUCCUUGUUUUUUUGGUUUGUUUACAAAGACGACAAUAAAACAAAACACAAUCACCCACCAACCACUGGGUGCAGGUAUCUAUGCAUCCUUUUACUAGCUGGUUUGGGGGGGUUUUUUUUGGUAACAUUUUUUUUCUUGUUUUAUAUAUCAAGGGAAAUGUAAGAAAUCUAUUUGUCCUUGACAUUUCUUUCUUGUAGUUAUGUGACCAGAAUAGCGAUGUGUGGCGUUUACCACGGCGACUGUUCCUAAGGUUACCCUGUAAGCACAGUGUUUUCUGCAGGCUUUCAGAUGAGUGCUGGCCGACGCCUUCGCUUUAUCUUACUCUUCAGGAAUUAUCCGCAUCACGUUUUCCACCUCGUCCUCGUCGCUGUCUUGAGGGGGAUUGGAUUGCACCAGCACCCUUCCACUGUUACACCCACCCCUGAAAAAAAAAUCUGUUUGAUCUCGUCGGCACGCCUCGAAGCAUGGGGAUUUAAUUAGCAGAGUUGGAAUGCCGCCUGGCAAAAGCAAACUUCUGACGGGUCCUCCCCUGGCAUCUCUUGUUCCUCUCCUCCUCUCUUCAUCUCUCUCUGCUCUACUGGGAACCUUCCUUAUUUCCUCCCUUGGCCCCCGAGUCUGACAGCCCCCAUUGACUGCACAUGUCUCUGGACAGCCCUGAGGUUUCUUGUUUUCUCUGUCUCCGGUUGGCUCUCACGUCUGGUGCUAACGUCACCUCUGAUGCAACUCCGUAUACACAGGGAAAAAUGCCUCUUUUCUUGACGCACUUGACCAAAAUCUCCACCGCUUACCACAAGCCAAUGGCAUUCAAGUGGUUGGUCUGUGCUAAUCUUCCGUGAUCAUUAUGGGCUGCGAUUUCUGUCCGCCAGUUAGUUUUUACUGGAUGGGUCAUCAUGAUGUAAUUUUACUGUUUUUACUGCUGUUGCCAGACUCUCUUGAAAACAUCUGAUUCUGUAGUCAGGUUGCCAGUGGAGUUUAAACUGUAUUUUCUGUGCUAGGAGUGAGUGUACUGUUAGCAGGCUCCUGACUCUAAAUUGACAUUUUGUUACUAGUUGCAUUAAAGUAAGUAUCAGUGCAAACAGCCAUUAAUACAUGUCUUUAGUCCCUACGUACAAAAAAAAGCACAGAGCAGUAUCUGUGCAGGCAGAAAUAAAAUAUGCUGCUGAUUUUUAUUUCAUUUGAAUUUUUUGUUUGAUUUAAUUUUUACAAAACACCUCUCAUUCUUGGGAUAAUUAAAGGGGUGUGUUAUCACUUCAGAGAGUGGUAGACUUGCAAGAGGCAGUAGAACAACACAAAACCUUUUGAAUUGAUUGGACCGGGGUCAGAUUUUGGCCAGACCUGUUCUAGAGUCUUCCGAAAAGUCCCGUGGGAAGAGAACGUGCGGGACCAGGCCCCCUGCAGUGUAGGCUUUGGAUGUGACCUCGCCUGGACACAGGCUGCUUGGGCUAGUGGAGCAAGUAACCUGCACGCUCUAAUAACUGCUCCACUUUUUGCCGGCUGAAGUGUGUGUGUGUGUGUGUGUGGGUGUGAACAGGGUUAAUCUGUGUCGAGGCUAGCAGGUGUUUGUGACCUGUGCUUUUCCUCUGGCCUUGAGCCAGUCCUGUGAUCUGGGUUGAACCCAUAGAGCGGAGUGACUGAGGGAGGGAGGGAGGGGUGUGGGCGGGGUUGGCUGAGUUUUGUGUCUCUUGAUUUGGACAGAACACAGAUGCAGUGAUGUAAAUGUUUUAACGAAUCGCCUAACGAGAGAAUUUGAGGAAUUUUGCUCCCCUCCACUAAUGUAAUUAAAUUCCCUGAAAGAAAGAUGGGAGAAAAGGGGUUGGCAGGCGUCAUGCUGCUUACUGAAGGGAGCAUAGAAGCCCUUAUUGUUGCCUAAACAUCCACUUCUCGAGUUUCAGGCCCAAGUGUGUUGCCUUGCAGAAGCCCGAAAUUUCUGAACUUGAAUCUGCAAACUUGAAGGAUCGAUCAGUGUGUGUGUGUGUGUGUGUGUGUGUGUGUGUGUGUGGGGGGGUCUGCACUUGAGGGUGAGGGACUUGACAACUUAGCUUAAUUUUGUUUUUCUGCCCACAAUUUUUUUGAUCCUCUUGGUGCACCCAUGGCCUCCUAUUAGACUCUACUGAAAAGUGCUUUUUAGAGACCGUGUACACACGAGAGAGAAGAGAGAGAUGGUCAACUGAGACAGGUGACACACACAGACAUCACAUGUUUCUCACCUUUUUUGAAAGGACUGCACACAAGAUGAGAAACCACCACUGUCCUCACAUUCUUACACACACACACACACACACACAUACCUUUUCAUACACAGCAAACCUCUGGGUGCCGAGGCGUCGUCAAUUUUGGACACUUGAUGCUGCUGAGGUGAAGUUGAUCUCACUGUGUAACCCCCCUCCCCCCUCUCCACACACACACACACACACACACACACACACACAGACACCUUAUGGCACUCGAUCCCACUGGUAAUCCCUUUCGCCACGCUUCUGACAGCUCCACAGUAAGCCUGUUAGGUUGUCACAGCAGCUGGCAAAGACAAGCCCGGGGGGGCAAAAUACCUUUCAGGUCAACAUCUUUUUCUACCAGCUCUACUCUAGUGGGAAUGAGGGGUGGGCCUCUCAAUUCUGUUCAGCAGCAGCAAUAUUUUUUAGUCUGGAAGGAGGGGGAGGUGGGGGAAGGGCAUGUUGUUUCCCAAAAAAAGACACACACACACACCACACUAAUCUCUCAAUAUUUAAUGCAGUAGAUGCAGAUUUCAGGGUCACUUUACUCUUCCUGUUCGUCUUGCCUUGGUGCUCUUGACAAAUGGUCAACACCAGCAAAAGCACAACACCUGCUCUACACACACAAUCCUGGAAUGUUUGCAUGGAGGCUUGCCUUUACAGGAGUGCUGACAGGAUUAACUUGUAAUCUACAAUAGGGCCACAGGAGAGAUGGGUGUACAUCAUGCUUGGAGAACCAAACUGUUGUUUUGCAUUUGCCUUUUUUUCUUUGCUUUAUUUCUCUCUCUCUCUCUUUUUUUGAGGUUAACUGAAUUUAUGCCUUAUUUCUUAAUUCCCUGCCCAUGUAAGCACUUGAUGUAUGGAAAAAAAAAAAAAAACGACUGUGCACUUAGCCUAGAGCAGUGGACCGUAGAAGGAAAUUGUGUUUUUUCUCUCUUUAGCCCGUAAUCUUAUAGGGCAGAUUGUGUUUGAGUAGGUCCACCUUGUUCCGAGCGUACUAAAUGACACGUGUAUAUGAAAGUGCUGUCAGUAUUUAAGUCGGCCUGUCAUACAAGUUGACUUCACGCCCUAUCCCCCCCCCCCCCCCCCUACUUUGCUUCUUUUAAACACUUGUGUGAUUGAACACAGUGGAACUGCACGGUGACGAGGCCAGCCACUAGACUAGACCGAGUAUUCAGUCUCAAAAGUAGGUCAUUAUCAUCUCUUUGCCCCGGAGGCUGCUGGGAGAUGGACGAGGCUGCGGGGAAAGUUGAUGUGAGGACACAUGGGCUGUUUCCGAGAUGGCAUACUGCACACUGCUCGUAUGCUGAUUUUAACAGCAUUUCUGCAUUUCGGAUACAGCCAUGGGGACUCUCUGCACAUCCCCACGAGCUAGAGCCUUUCCAUUAAGUCCUUAUUUAGUAAACCAAUCAGGAUUUUUGGCAAAACCUCAAGCCAUGGUCCUCAAAAUACAUGAUUAUUAAUCUUCAAAAAUGAUUUGCACUUUGAAGAUUCCUAAUCUUUUGUAUUCAUAGACUUUCUGUGGUUUGAUUUGAUCCCAUUUUUGUAUAAACUGUACAGGGGUUGUAUAGAUUGAAGAAAGUGUAAAAGAUGGGGAUUUUUCCCCCCCUCUUUAUUUUGAGGGGUGACAUCAUGGAUUGGACCAUGAUUCAAUCUGACAUUAUUGCUGUGGUGGGUUUGGUUUUCCUGAUUUGUUUUUUGUGUGUGCGCACAGACAACUUUUUACAGUUUUCUUUCCAGUCUUGUAUAAAUGAGUCAAUGAAUUGCCAUUCAGAAUGCGAUGUGGUGUGCCUGUACUGUUGGUAAUUGUCUGUGUCCAUUGGCUGCUUGUUUGUCCUUUACCCCCCCCCCCCAUCCCCCCGGUCCGUCCGUCCGUCCGUCUAUCUCCACCCACUGGAGUGGGCCCAGCCGACUUUUCCACUACCUCCCAGCACUCAGUAGAACUUAACACUGUGGGCAGAAUUGGACCCAGUAGUAUAAACACAGUCAUAAACACACAAAAUCCCAUUACAUGUUUCAGUAGAAGUUGGCUCAGUUCAGUUUUCUGGUUUCAUUAUUUUUCGGUCAUUGGGUCCAAUAGAAGCAGCAGCAGCAGCAGUACCAUGAGCAGUGGAUGACCAAAACCAUCACUGUGUCAGGAAAGUGUCGUGUUGAGUUGUUGAAUGCAUCACCCACUGGCUGCUCAACCAGGAUUGCAUUGGUUAAAAGAUCCCAAUGCUGAGAAGGGGUCUGGUUCUACAUCUGCUGUAUGGAUGUGUAAUGGCUGCAGCCACGACUGCGGGAAUGUAAUGGUCAAGUUGUAAUAUGGUUGAAAAGAAGAAAAAAAAAAACAUUAAAAACUGUCAGACAAAACUUUCUUCUUUUUUUUUUAAAGAAUGGAUUUUCUUUUGGAGUCAGUGUAAAAUAUUUUGAGAAUAAUUGAAAUUUAUCAAAAGCAAUGUUGUAAAUGAAUGUGUAAUUUAUUGUUGCUUUUGCUUUAUAAAUAAAUAAAUAAACAAUCAUGGA